UUCGUAUACCUCGAAGGAGAUAGUGCUGCGAAAAGGACGGGAGGAGAAUCAUCGAAUCCGUGCAUCCUGGGACGCGAGAACGUGAACAUCGGCCACUUUUGCUGUCCCCAAACAUUGACGAGGCAGAAAUGGCACGGGCGGAGUCACGGUGAGAAAAGGGCGAGGGUGAAGCCCUCGCGCGAAACGGGAGCUAUGGUGAAAAGCUUCGGUUUCUUCGCCGGGAGGGCGAUACCUGCCGUCCACCUCCUCGUCCUUCUUCUGGCUCUGGCCGACACGACCAGCGCCGUGGAUCUUUCCCAGUGCAUCGCGCCGCUAGGCAUGGAGUCCGGCGCGAUCCCGGACGAGGAUAUCAACGCCAGUUCUACGUUCGACGCGGGAAACGUUGGCCCGCAUCUAGCACGAUUAAAAGUGGAGAAUCUCGGUGGCGCGUGGUGCCCCAAGAAUCAGAUCAACCAGGAGGCGCGAGAAUGGUUGCAGAUCGACCUUCAUUCAGUUCAUUUGAUCACGGCUACCGCCAGCCAAGGUCGUUUCGGGAACGGUCUCGGCGUUGAGUACGCGGAAGAGUAUCUGCUCGAGUACUGGCGACCGCAUCUGGGCAAGUGGGUUCGAUAUAAAAAGACAAUACAGGGUAACACGAAUACGUAUUUGGAGUCCAAGCACGAGCUGGAUCCGCCUGUGUGGGCGAGCAAGAUCCGUUUUCUGCCCUACAGCCAUCACACGCGGACGGUUUGCAUGCGGGUCGAGCUCUACGGAUGUUACUGGAGCGACGGCGUGGUGUCCUACUCGAUGCCCCAGGGCGAUAAAAGGGGUAAUGGAUGGGAUUUCUUCGACACCAUCUACGACGGACACUGGGACGGCGAACUCCGGCGCGGCCUGGGCCUGCUGACGGACGGCAAAACUGGCCCCGAUAACUUCAAACUGGGAUACUACGAUAACGAUCGCACCCAGGGCUGGGUCGGCUGGCGGAACGAUACACGUGGACAACCGGUCGAGAUCAAGUUCGAAUUCGACAAGGUCAGAGAGUUCUCCGUCGUCCACAUCUACUGCAACAAUCAGUUCACCAAAGGUGUCCAGAUAUUUUCUCAAGUCGACAUACUAUUCAGCAUCGGCGGCAAGUUCUACACUGGUGAACCAAUCACGUACACUUAUAUGGAGGACAAGAUCUUCGAGUCCUCACGAAACAUCACUAUCAAGCUGCACCAUCGAGUAGGCAAGUACGUGAAGCUGAGGCUCCACUUCUCAGACAAGUGGAUCAUGAUCAGUGAGGUGACGUUCGACUCUGACGUGGCCCAUGGUAACUUCACGCCGGAGGAGGCAGCGACGACCGAGUCGCCGAUUCAGAGCGACGUAUUCGUGGAGAAGAACGGCGCUGCGGAGGGCGAACUUCCGGUCUCGACGGCCAAGCACGACGACCCGACGUACAUGGCGGUCGUGAUCGGCGUGCUAACCGCCGUGAUCCUUCUCCUAGCCGUGGCGAUAUUCCUGAUCAUAUCCAGACACAGGCAACGAAAGUGUUUCGCCAGUCCCAUGACUGGCAAGGCCCCGUCGCAUCUCGGGUCUACCUGCGCCACCGUGGAAAAAGGAGCUGCGUUGAUGGCGUACACCUUGGAAGACGACGAAAGAUACGCCGGUGGCUCGUUGCCCACACUGCCGCGGGACCUGGGGAACCGUUUUCUGGACAUAGUGAAGCUCGACGACUACCAGGAACCCUACCAGGCCCUGAAGUACGCGCCGUACUACAGUUACAGCACUGUCGUUAUGGAGAUGAAAGACAUGAUGCUGAACAACAAGGGCAGCAACAUCAAUCACUCAGCGGUGUACGCGAAUGGUGCAGUUGACACGUCGUACGAUUAUGCGGUACCGGAACUCGGCACGGUGCCCCUGCUCAACCAGGACGGCACGGGACGCGGUGGACCUGCCGUUUCUACCAGCACCAGCGAUCAGGACAGCAUCUUCUCCAAGACAUCUUCACGCGGCAAUAAGACUGAGAACAAAAAGUCGCCGACACAACAGGAGGUACUUUCGGCCCUGAAGAGACGUCUGGAGCAGACGAGCGUACCGCUCUUCCCACGACAUCGCCUCCGCAUGCUCUCGAAACUCGCCGAAGGGGCCUUCGGAACGGUGUACGUGGCGGAAGCGGAAGGGAUCCCGGAGUAUGGAACGACGACCACCGUCGGCAAGCGUCUCGUCGCCGUCAAAUUUUUACUGCCGGAAGCCAGCGAGAAGGAAAAGUUGGAUUUCCAACGAGACGUCAGGAUCCUGGCAGCCCUGGAGGAUCGCAAUAUCGCCAGAGUGCUCGGGGCUUGCUGCCGCGAGGAGCCGUACUGCGUCGUGAUGGAGUACCUGGAACACGGAGACCUAUGCCAAUUCCUGAAGACGCAUAUCACUGCCGAGGACGCCCAUUCCAUGCCGAUCGGCGUCAAAACGCUCAGUUUCAACUGUCUCAUCUACAUGGCGGCUCAAAUCGCGUCGGGCAUGCGAUACCUGGAGAAUCUGAACUUCGUGCACCGGGAUCUGGCUACUAGGAAUUGCUUGGUGGGCAAAGCUUAUCACAUUAAAAUCUCGGAUUUCGGUACGGACAACGAGCUGUACGCGUGCGAUUAUUACAAAGUUGAUGGCACCGUGCCACUGCCGAUACGCUGGAUGGCCUGGGAAUCCAUAUUUCUGGGUAAGUACACGACGAAGAGCGACGUGUGGGCGUUCGCUGUGACCCUGUGGGAGAUCCUGAACCUGGGCAGGCGCGUCCCGUACGAGCACUUGUCAAACGAGGAAGUGGUGCAGAGCCUACGUCGAUUGCAUCGGGCCGGUGAAUGCGGCGAGGCCGGUGGCGACGAUGGCAACGGCUGCAAGGAGUCCGCCGACAACCUUUUCACCUAUUUGCCGCAGCCGACCGCGUGCUCAAAGGAUAUUUACGACCUGAUGCUCGAUUGUUGGCGACGCGAGGAGAGCGAACGGCCGACCUUCCGCGAGAUCUCGAUGUUCCUGCAGCGAAAGAACCUCGGCUAUGCGCCCACGUCCUGAUAUUGAACGUCCGGCCAGGUCGAGGAACACGUGGUAUGCGCCGGUUGCCACGCGUGCCCGGCCGACAGACGCUCGAACGUAAACCGCGGACUGGUCGAAGACGCCGACGACUAUCCGCGCUGGGUAACCGUAAGAACGAAGUUCUGAAUUCUUCGACAAGUUCGCCAGAACGACGAAAGGGUAUGAGAGCGAGUAUAACGGAGACAUCGAAGAAUGGUAAUACAACGACAAGGUCCAAUGGUUUCCGGCAACGAACUGUGCGAGGCGUAUUAAAACGAGUGAAACUGUUCCAAAAUUGUACGUAUGCACGUUAAAGGGGAACAGACAUGAAAACGGACAACAGCCGUGUAGUGUAAAUGUAAAUGACUAUCGUGUCAAAGUCGAAACAGUAAGAUGCUCGUGGUUCGUGUAAAAUCGUAUCUAGCGAGGUCGCCGGGAUCGAGGCCGGCUAGUUUAGACGUAAGAGCCCUACGAAUAUAGAAACGUGAAACUGUGAAUUCGACAAUCCGAAGGGGAGAGGAUACCGAGUGAUCCGUAAUGGUCGUCGAAAACUUAGGAGCAAUAUCGUGUAAUCGUAAUACAGCUGUGAACAUUCCUGCAUGAAUUUAAAGAUAUAUCCACGUCUUUUCGAGGUAAAUAAACGUUACUUAAGAAAUUAGAAGUUACCCUCCCCCUACCCUCGCCCACACCCCCAGGGACGAAUUGCUGUAACGAAGCAGCAUGAGGAAAGGGAAGAGAAUAAUUGCAUCGCUGCAAUACGGUAACUAAAAUACGGAAUGGUUCGCCUGAAAAGAUAGAGUAUACAUAUGAGAACGAGGUAUGAAUGGGUGUGUUUGUGAUCGUGUAGGCGGUUAAAAAAAAAAAAGAAGAAAAUUCGUUGUACGUAAAUUUAAUCGUAUCAUUAAGCACUUUGUAGACUUCCACUUCGAACGGAAACUGCAAUUACUGCAUUUUCCGCGUACUUCGUACCCUACAGCUCUCAUCGCGUUCAAAAAAAAGUAAAUCAUACGAAUUUAUUUCUCGUUUCAUUCACAUCAGAAUGACACCCACGCAGUUGGAAAAGAAGAAAGUCAUUAGGGCUUUGAAGGAGCUAACAUCUGAUUGUAACUAUGUAAUUUUACGUGCGAAAGCUCGGCAAUGUCGCGCGGUUCGCGAUCGACGAAGACAAGGGAAUGGAUACGCGUAUGUAUUCCUCUGUUGAAAAAUGGUGAUUCGCACCAUUGACUAUGACACAUCAUAAUUUUAACUUUACAUGAUAGGCGGGAUCAAUACAAAGACAAAGAAAAAGAACUAGUAUAUUGUACAUAUAGGAUUGUACGGCUCGGUGCGCAUCGAGAGAGGUACGAGAGGAGUUUAUCGUCGCGUUGACGCGAACGAGGCGACGAGAUUAUCAGCGAGAGUUAAGCAAUCCGGGUAUAUCGUGUUUGGAACCGUGUUAGUAAUAAUAAUAAUUAUUGCGGGAGGGUAAGGGAGAAUGAGACCAAUAAACGUUCUGGAGAUGGGACAGAAUUUUGGUACGUUAUCGACAUAUCGGAGCCUUCGUUUCAUGAGGGGAUGAAGCGAGAAGCUCGAAGACGGACGACGAGUUCGCACGGUUCCCCAAGUCGAAUAUUCGUUUCACCGACGUUUCUCACGGUAUUCAAACCCAAUUAAUCAUUCGACUCGUUUUGUUCCGUGUAUUUACAACAGAUGAAUAAACUAUUGAUAGCAUUCGCAAUAUCUAGUAAGUAGGCGAUGUUACCGUUACAACAUUAAAAAUACUAUUUAUAUAUCUUAAUGUAACGCCGCGUAAGGAAUAGAUAAUAUCAGAGGCAUAGCCGUUCGUAUAAUAAAUUGUACGUGCGUUGAAUUUAAACGUAACGAAGAUCGCUUCUUUUGUCAUUGGAGAUAAAAAAAAAAAGGAUAUGGGAGGAGAGGGUGAAUGAUAAAUCGUCAUGAAUUCAAACCUAGGUCAGUUAUACGAAGUAAUCGACAAAAAAAAAGAAUAAUUAAGAAGGAAUGUUUCCCGUGUUGAUAAGCGUAGAAUUUUUUACCGAAAUCGAGCACUCCGUUCAGAUAGAGAAUUCCCUAGUUCUCACUUGAUAGAGCAAGUAAUUGAAAAAAAAA